AUGUACAACGUGACUUCCUCCAUUGCCACAUUUAUCCACUAUAGGCCUGGCUCCUGUACGCGCGCAACAGCGACGCCUCUCCGCGGCCCACAUCAGGAAGUGAAUGCGAUCUACACGGCUGUCGUACCGCCAAACAUGCUCAUAAAGGAAUUUCGAGUGAUUCUUCCCAUAUCUGUGGAAGAGUAUCAGGUGGGCCAGCUGUACUCGGUGGCUGAGGCCAGUAAGAAUGAGACAGGAGGGGGAGAGGGUGUGGAGGUGUUAAAAAACGAGCCCUAUGAGAAAGAUGGAGAGAAGGGACAGUACACACACAAAAUCUACCAUUUACAGAGUAAAGUUCCGUCGUUUGUCCGAAUGUUGGCCCCUGCGUCGGCUCUCAACAUCCAUGAGAAAGCCUGGAACGCAUACCCCUACUGUCGCACAGUCAUCACUAAUGAGUACAUGAAAGAUAACUUUCUCAUCAAGAUAGAAACAUGGCAUAAACCUGACUUGGGCCAUCAGGAAAAUGUGCAUGGUCUCGAUCCUGAGACCUGGAAGAAAGUGGACGUAGUCUAUAUUGAUAUUGCAGACAGAAGCCAAGUAGACACUAAGGAUUACAAGCCAGAUGAGGAUCCAUGCAGGUACAAAUCAGUGAAGACUGGACGAGGUCCUCUAGGCCCUGACUGGAAGAAAGAGCUUCCCAAUAAGAAAGACUGCCCACACAUGUGUGCCUACAAACUGGUCACUGUCAAAUUCAAAUGGUGGGGCCUGCAAAACAAGGUGGAAAGCUUUAUUCAAAAGCAAGAGAAACGUUUGUUCACCAAUUUCCACCGUCAGCUGUUCUGCUGGAUCGACCACUGGAUUGAGUUGACCAUGGAAGACAUUAGGCGCAUGGAGGAAGACACACGCAAGGAGCUAGAUGAGAUGAGAGUUAAAGACCCAGUGAAAGGCAUGAGAGCCCCGAGUCCCGGAGAAAGCACCACACCGACUGAAACAACGGGACUCACCGCCGGAAAACGCCCCCAAACUCUGGACUCCGCGGCGGAGAACUUUGUGAUCUGUCAACACGGCGUCUGCGGCUUCUCCCGGACACCUCAGCAGAGACAGGCGCCCACACGCACAGGGGAGAUCAUGAGUACUGGAAGAACUGGGGAGAACAAGUGCAGGUUGUACUUGGUGACGUGGAAUGUGGGCACAGCUGAGCCUCCUGAAGAUGUCACAUCUCUGUUGCAACUGGACGGCCAACAUGACAUUUACGUGAUUGGUCUGCAGGAAGUGAAUGCUGCGCCGAUCAGGUUCAUUUCUGACCUCGUUGCGGAAGAUUCAUGGAGCCAUCUUUUUAUGGACACGCUGGGACCACGUGGGUUUGUCAAGGUGACGUCGGUGCGGAUGCAGGGCCUGUUGCUUCUGAUCUUUGCCAAACAAGUCCACCUGCCGUUCAUCAGAGAUAUCCAGAGCACUUACACCCGGACUGGGAUCUUUGGAUACUGGGGGAAUAAAGGCGCUGUAUCAGUCCGCUUCUCCCUGUACGGAGAGACGGUGUGUUUUCUGAACUGUCACCUGGCGGCUCACAUGAACUACGCUCUGCAGAGAGUGGACGAGUUUGAAUACAUCCUGGACAUACAAGACUUUGAGGCUGAGGACACGCCCCAUGUUCUGGACCACAAAGUUGUUUUCUGGUUUGGUGAUCUGAAUUUUCGCAUCGCUGACCACGGGUUGCACUUCCUGCGCUCUUCCAUUGAAGGUGGACGCUUGAAUCUGCUCUGGAGCAAAGACCAGCUAACAAUGAUGAAAAAGAAAGAGCAAUUUCUACAAGAAUUUCAAGAGGGACCACUUAAUUUUCAACCCACUUACAAGUUCAAGCGUAAUUCUGACACUUACGACAUCAGUGGUAAGAAGAGGAAGCCCGCCUGGACCGAUCGGGUUUUGUGGCGCAUAAAACCCAGGAGCCUUCCAUCAGAGGAGGACGAUGAGAGAGCAUCCACUUCUACCGACGAAGGGCCAGAUGAGUACCCCGUCCUGGUUACUCAAGACAGAUACACCUGUGACCUAAGCUACGGAGUCAGUGACCAUAAACCUGUCCUUGCUACUUUCAACUUGGAGCUCAGAAAGCACUAUGACACUCCGCUGGUCCACGUCUCUGCUGAGGGCGUUUGGAGUGCAGACCAGGACGCAGUCCUGAGCUACACUGUACAGGAGGACUUCAUGUCCUCCACGUGGGACUGGAUCGGACUUUUCAAGCUGGGAUUCAAAAGUGCUAUGGAUUAUGAGACGUUUGUUUGGGUCCGUGAGAAUGAGUUGCCUGAAAUAGAUGAACUCAUACAGCUUCCGAUGGACAAAGAUUCUAUCCCUCUUCUUGGCGGCCAGUAUGUGUUAGGCUACUACAGCACAAACAUGCAAACCCUUGUUGGCCUUAGUGAAAACUUCCAGAUUUUGGAGUCAAAGCGUGCAAUCAGAUCGGAGUGCAUCUGCAUUAUGUCGACUGAAGACGUGGAGCGCCUUCUGAUCCAGUUUCAGAAUGAGGAGGGUGAAGUGUUGGGGUCGCCUUUCGAUGUGCCUCUUGACAUCACCCCAGAAAAACUGCAGCUGGUCUGCAAUGCUCUGCUGCAACAGGAUGACCCAGUACCGCUGGCGUUCUUUGCUCGUGGCGAGGCAGAGGUGGUAUCUUCGUUGGGGGCGUGUGUAAAAGCGCUGGGGGUCGAGACUGAGCAGGUGCUGGCUGUGGUGUAUCAACCUCAAGCAGUGUUCCGAGUGCGAGCUGUGGCCCGCUGCACCAGCACUCUGCAGGGACACACUGAGGCAGUCAUCUCCACGGCCUUUAGCCCCACUGGCAAAUAUUUGGCCAGUGGAUCAGGCGAUACAACAGUUCGCUUUUGGGACUUGAUGACUGAAACACCUCAUCACACUGCUCGAGGGCACACACAUUGGGUCCUGAGCAUUUCCUGGUCACCUGAUGGCAAGAAGUUGGCUUCCGGGUGCAAGAACAGUCAGAUUUUUCUGUGGGAUCCGGUGACUGGCUUGCAGGUUGGAAAGACAUUAACUGGACAUACCAAAUGGAUCACUUGGAUUUCUUGGGAACCUCUACACCUAAACCCAGAGUGUCGGUACUUGGCCAGUAGCUCAAAAGAUUGCUCCGUGCGUAUUUGGGACACGGUCCUCGGACGCUGUGACAAAAUCUUGACCGGGCAUACGCAGUCGGUCACUUGUGUGAAAUGGGGAGGGGAUGGACUCCUGUACACAUCUUCCCAAGACAGGACAAUAAAAGUGUGGAGAACCAAAGAUGGUGCCCAGUGCAGAACUCUCCAGGGUCAUGCUCACUGGGUCAACACAUUGGCUUUGAGCACAGACUACGUUCUUCGUACAGGAGCUUUUGAGCCUGCAACAGCCACCAUCACUCCUCAAGAACUCAAAGGCUCAUUGGAUGACUUGAAGGAGAAAGCCCUUGAGAGAUACAACAAAGUUAGGGGUGCUGCUCCUGAGCGCUUAGUGUCUGGUUCAGAUGAUUUCACACUCUUUCUUUGGAACCCUGCUGAGGAUAAAAAGCCUCUGGCCCGGAUGACUGGCCACAGCGCACUGAUCAAUGAAGUCCUCUUCUCUCCGGACACCAGACUUGUGGCCUCUGCUUCCUUUGACAAGUCUAUUAAAAUAUGGGAUGGACGAACAGGAAAGUACCUUAUGUCUCUGCGUGGACAUGUAGGAUCUGUGUAUCAGGUGGCAUGGUCUGCUGACAGUCGGCUGCUAGUCAGCGGCAGCAGUGACAGCACACUUAAAGUUUGGGAUAUGAAAACAGGAAAGCUCAACAUGGACCUUCCAGGCCAUGCUGAUGAGGUGUAUGCAGUGGACUGGAGUCCUGAUGGCCAAAGAGUAGCCAGUGGUGGGAAAGACAAAUGUCUUCGAAUAUGGAGGAGGUAG